UUUUGGGUGAGACAGUGUGUGCAGCUCCUGGCUCGAAAACGUUCCAAUUACUUGAGAUAAUACAUCAAUCAUCCGACUCAGCACUGCCUACUGGACUGGUUAUCGCUAAUGAUGUGGACGCCCAAAGGUGUAACCUUCUCAUUCACCAGACCAAAAGAAUGUGUUGUGCCAACUUGAUAGUUACCAACCAUGAGGCUCAGCACUUUCCAAGCUGCAAUUUGAGCAAAAAUGGCUUAGACACAUCUGAAUUUGGAAUUCCAGAUAUCAGUCAACUCUUGUUUGAUCGAGUCUUAUGUGACAUUCCAUGCAGUGGAGAUGGAACUCUUCGCAAGGCUCCCGACAUUUGGAGGAAGUGGAGUGGAGGUAUGGGCAACGGAGUGCAUCGCCUUCAAGUGCAGAUCGCUAUGCGUGGCAUUGCGUUGCUUAAAGUGGGUGGAAGAAUGGUAUACUCAACCUGUUCGAUGAAUCCCGUCGAGAAUGAAGCUGUAGUUGCUGAGAUUCUGAGGAGAUGCGGGGGAUCUGUUGAACUUCUUGAUGUUUCUACUGAGCUCCCUCAGUUGGUCCGUCGCCCGGGAAUUAAGAGUUGGAAGGUCCGUGAUAAGGGUGUAUGGUUAGCUUCUUACAAGGAUGUGUCUAAGUACCGCAGAACAGCCAUUGUGCCAAGCAUGUUUCCUUCCGGUCAAAGCUUUGAUGCCGAAACAGUGGUUCCUUCAGGGUUAGAUGAAAACGUGGUUCCUCCUAGCAAUGACAAUGAGAUGGAGAAUGUAGAUUCUGAUCAUGUCAACGAGCCGUCCGAGAUCCUUGCGAGUCCAACUGAUGCUUUGGAGAUGGAGGACUUUAACCCACUCCUUUCUUCUUUAAGCCAAAAUUUAAUGCGCUCAACUGCUUAAUGAAAAUUAUUAAGUUCACUACAGCUAGCUCGCAUUGUAAACAAACCAAAGAAAGUAGAAGACGAAUAAGUCCAGAAGAAAAGAAAAUGUUGGAGCACGCUUGUUUGUUUUAGUCGAAAGUACGUACUCCGGACUUGUCCCAGUAUGAUAU